AUGCCAGUUUCAUGCAGUAGCCCUGGCUACUUGUCCUUGAAUUUUCUCUGUGUGAAGAGAGCCAUGGCCACCUCUUUCUGUGAUUUACCAACUUCAAUUACUACCAAUAUCCUAUCCUCCCUUCUUUGCUUCAUUUUCCUCCCAUGUGUUUACUCAGUUUCCUUCCAAAUAUCUCGCUUUGGCCGUGAUGGAAACAUCCUCUAUGAAGGAGAUGCAGUACCUUCUGUUGGAGCCAUUGAAUUCAACAAAGUGAAUUACCUAUGCCGUGUUGGUCGUGCCAUUUAUGCUGAGAGAGUGCGGCUCUGGGACUCUAACACAGGAAAGCUCUCCGACUUUUCUACUCAUUUCUCCUUCAUCAUUGACACCCGGGGUGCCACGAACUAUGGUCAUGGGUUGGCGUUCUUUCUCGCUCCCGUCGGUUUUCAGAUCCCACCCAACUCAGACGGUGGAUUUUUAGGCCUAUUUAACACCACAACCAGUUUCUCAUCUCAGAAUCAAAUUAUUGCUGUUGAGUUCGACUCUUACUCAAAUGAAGAGUGGGAUCCUCCAUUCGAGCAUGUGGGUAUCAAUAACAACUCGAUUGCUUCAGUUACGUCCACUAGAUGGAAUGCUAGCUUUCACAGUGGAGAUACUGCUGAUACUUGGAUUACCUACAAUGCUACUACUAAGAAUUUGACUGUGUUCUGGAGCUAUGAAGCAAAUCCUGUUUUCAAAGGAAUUUGCAGCCUUUCUUACCGAAUUGACUUGAUGGAUGUUUUACCUGAGUGGGUCACCAUUGGGUUUUCAGCUGCUACAGGUCAGUAUGGUGAGCGACAUACGCUUCUGUCAUGGGAGUUCAAUUCAAGUUUGGAUAUAAAAGAGGCAAGCGAAAAGAAUGCAAAAAGGGUUAGGAUAAUAAUUGGUGUAACAGUUUCUGCUGGGGUUUUCAUAGCUGUUGGGAUCAUAGCUUUUGUGAAAUUAUGGAGGCAGAAGCAGAUGAGAAGGGAAACAGCGGAGACAACCAACUUAACAUCGAUGAAUGAUGAUCUAGAAAGAGGGGCAGGACCGAGAAGGUUUUCUUACGGAGAUCUAGUUUCGGCUACGAACAACUUCUCAGAGGAGAGGAAGUUGGGAGAAGGAGGAUUUGGAGGCGUUUACAAGGGGUACAUAAUGGAUUUAGAUAUGGCAGUUGCAGUGAAGAAAAUCUCCAGGGGGUCUAAACAAGGGAAAAAAGAAUACAUUACAGAGGUGAAGAUCAUAAGCCGGUUGAGACACCGAAAUCUAGUGCAACUCAUUGGUUGGUGCCAUGAUCGAGGUGAGUUCCUGCUUGUCUACGAGUUCAUGCCCAAUGGCAGCCUCGAUUUUCACCUCUUUGGAAAAAAGGCUCCUCUCUCCUGGGCCGUGAGAUACAAGAUAGCUCUUGGCGUGGCUUCUGCCUUACUUUACCUUCAUGAAGAGUGGGAGCAAUGUGUAGUCCACCGGGAUAUAAAAUCAAGCAAUAUAAUGCUUGAUUCCAGUUUUAGUGUCAAGCUUGGUGACUUUGGGCUUGCCCGACUCAUGGACCAUGAGCUCGGUCCCCAAACAACUGGGUUAGCCGGAACGUUGGGCUACUUGGCACCGGAGUACAUAAACACAGGUAAAGCUAGUAAAGAGUCGGAUGUUUUUAGCUUCGGAGUUGUUGCCUUAGAAAUUGCCACUGGUAGAAAGGCAAGGGAUCCUAUGAAAGACACAUCUGACAUGGGUUUGGUGGAGUGGGUAUGGAAUCUGUAUGGAACAGGGCACAUUCUUUCAGCUGUUGAUGAGAAACUGCAUACAGAUUUUGACGCCAAGCAAGUGGAGUGUUUGAUGAUUGUUGGACUGUGGUGUGCUCACCCUGAUCGUAGCCUGAGGGCAUCAAUAAGGCAAGCAAUUCAAGCUCUUAAGUUUGAGGCAGUCAUGCCAAAUCUCCCACCAAAGAUGCCUGUUCCCAUGUAUUAUGUGCCUACGCCGGCAGUAAGCUCUGGUGAACCUUUUAUAACUAACUCAAGCUUUGAAGAGGGUCGUUAAACAACUAAACCAAUAUCUCAGUUUGUA